AUGAUCGAAGACUCACAGGAGUUACAUCGAAGGGUCACGACUGGCUCGCGGGAUGCGACUGCUCAAGAGGAAGCAGGAGAUAGGGCAUUUUCCGAACACGACAAGAAGGGAUGGGAUGCAUGGAAUGCAAUCAAAAAAGAGUUCGAGAAUCAGAUAAGCGAUGCGCGUAGCUCAUCGUUGAACGGGGAUGGCGAGCGUAGCAACAGUUUAAAUGGAAUUAAUAGUGAAGGUAGCGACAGGUCGUGGAGCUCACUGCAUACACCGUUCAAAAGACGGUUUCAAACAGCUAUGAUAGCAUGGCAUCUUUCAGCUUUCGUUUUUCUACCAGUGAUUGCCAUAUAUGCGUUGUCCAACCCACUAUUAUGGUUUUUAUCGGUACCUUACUUCAUAUAUUACAUGUUUGAUAGGGCACCAGGCAAUGGCGGAGUGGUCUACAGAAGGUCUGAUUGGUUCAGAUCUCUGUCCAUUUGGAGUUAUUUGUGCGAUUACUUUCCAAUAGCCCUGCAUAAGACAGCAGAUCUUCAACCGACUUUCACAAGAAAGUCUGCAUCAUCCAAGGAAUUGGAGGGCAAAAAAAACUCGCGAUGGAAGAAAAUGCUGGGCAUAUUUCGAUAUAGCUCUAAGAAUAGUGAAUUUGAAGUAACGGGGCCUCGUUAUAUAUUUGGCUACCAUCCUCAUGGUAUCGGGGCGAUUGGUUCCUUCGGUGUAUUUGGAACAGAAGGCCGUCGUUGGUCUCAAAUCUUCCCAGGUAUACCGGUCUCCUUGAUGACAUUAGUGACGCAAUUCCAUGUUCCCCUUUAUAGAGAUUACUUAAUGGCACUUGGUAUAAGUGCAGUUUCAAAAAAAAAUACACUAAAAGUUUUGGAAAAAGACAACUCAAUUUGCAUCGUGGUUGGCGGAGCCAGAGAAUCACUUGCUAGUUCUAUUGGCCAUGUUGAUCUUAUUCUUAACAGACGUAAGGGUUUCAUAAGAUUAGCGUUGGAGGCUGGUAACGUUUGUCUGACGCCUGUAUUCGCGUUUGGCGAGACGGACCUCUAUAAUAUUGUACAGACAAGUGAAGACUCUUUCUCGAGGAAAGUCCAGUUAUGGCUCAAACAAAAUUAUGGCUUCACCGUACCACUUUUCUACGCCCGUGGGAUGUUUAACUAUGAUUUUGGUUUUCUCCCUUACAGAAGAGCAAUAAAUGUCGUGAUUGGAAAACCAAUAUUUGUAAAAGAAAAAAUACCCAAUCCUAGUGAAGAAGAAUUGGAUUACUACCAUCAGCGCUAUAUGCAGGAACUCAAGAAACUCUAUUACGAUAAUAGAGAUAGAUUUGGCUAUUCCGAUAAAGAAAUAAAUAUAGUUGGUUGA